UAGUGAACUAAUGAGACACAAAUUUGUAAACAAAUAAGAAAUUUCGUUUCGUAUUACUGAUCAGUUUUCGUCCCUUCGUUUCCUAUUAACCAUGGCCUUGAAACAGUUGAAAAAUGCAACAUUUUUUAAAAGACUAACAAAUAUCGAUAAAGCAAGCUUUUUGAAAAGCAGAACACAGUUUAAAUUAUCCUAUAGAUUGUCUCACUUUACGUAUGUACCCGAUACAGUUUCUGCAUCAGAUGGAGAAACAACUCGAAUGAAUCUUUUUCAAGCUGUGACUAAUGCAUUAGACUUGGCUCUUGCAGCAGAUCCAUCAGCAGUCAUUUUUGGUGAAGAUGUUGCUUUUGGAGGUGUAUUCCGAUGUACAGUUGGUUUACAAGAUAAAUAUGGCCGUGAUCGAGUAUUCAAUUCUCCGUUAUGUGAACAAGGCAUUGUAGGAUUUGGAAUAGGCAUGGCAAUUGCUGGUGCUACACCCAUUGCUGAAAUACAGUUUGCUGAUUACAUCUAUCCAGCAUUUGAUCAAAUCACAAAUGAAGCUGCAAAAUUAAGAUUUAGAUCUGGAAAUGAAUUCAAUUGUGGAGGUUUGACUAUAAGAACACCCUAUGGAGCAGUUGGUCAUGGAGCUCUUUAUCAUUCUCAAAGUCCAGAAGCAUUUUUUGCUCACAUUCCUGGAAUAAAGGUAGUUAUUCCUCGAGGUCCUUUACAAGCAAAAGGUCUUUUGUUGAGCUGCAUAAGAGAUAAAAACCCUUGUAUUUUCUUUGAACCCAAAAUUCUGUACAGAAUGGCUGUUGAACAAGUACCAUUGAAAGAUUAUGAAUUGCCUUUAUCAAAAGCUGAAAUUCUUAUGGAAGGUGAUGAUGUCACUGUCAUUGGAUGGGGAACACAAGUUCAUGUGCUCCGAGAAGUUUGCCAGUUAGCUCAAGAUAAAUUAAAUAUUUCUUGUGAACUUAUAGAUUUAGUAACAAUUCUUCCAUGGGAUAAAGAAACAAUUAUUAAUUCUGUGAAAAAAACUGGCCGAUUGCUUGUUGCUCAUGAAGCUCCACUAACUGGAGGGUUUGCAGCUGAAAUUGCAGCUACAGUACAAAAUGAAUGUUUCUUGAAUUUGGAAGCUCCUAUUCAACGAGUAACUGGCCAUGAUGCUCCUUUUUCUCAUGUAUUUGAACCUUUUUAUAUCCCUUCAAAAUGGAGGUGUUUUGAUGCCAUCAAAAAAUUAAUCAAUUUCUAAGCAAAUUUUGUUAUGUUAUAUGUCAAAUGGCAGCAUACAGCUGUUUCUUCCUGCAUUUGAGUGCCAUGCAUUUUUUAAUGCCGACAAACAUAUGAUAAAGAUUAUUGCAUUUAAAAUUAUUUUUAUAUCAAAAGUUUUAAUUUUUUUUUUGUUGUGUAAAUAAAGUUUAAUAUGUUGCAUUAUA